AAAAUAACCAAUCAGGGUUCGUCUUGUCGCUUGGUAGCUAUACAUCUCUGUGAGGAAGCGCAGUUGGGGGCGGGCUGUGUGUGUGUUAUUUCGUCAAUGGCUGCAGGAGCCGCCGGGAUGGUGCUUGGGAAGCCGCUAGAGCGUUGGGAUUUUGGAAACACAGCGGAUCUAAUCAAAGGAAUACCACAGGAUUUGUUUGCAGAGCUUUGUGAACAAAUUAUCCAGUACCUUCAGGGCCAGAACCCAGGCGUAGAUACAUUGGCACUAUGUCGGAGACUUCAAGCAGCUGGGAUUGACAUGGUUGCUAGUGACCUGACAAAAGUAGUUAAUGUGGUUUCCUUUGUUUUCCGUAUAGCAGCAAAAAAUAAAUUCUCAUCGGAAGAACUCUCUAAUCGGCUGGGCAAUGCAGUGGGUACUCUGCCAAAACAAGCUGUACAGGUUAUUCGGCAUGUGUGGAAUGAACAGGGAAAAUCGAUCACAGAAGAAGCUAAAAAUGUUGUAGCAGCUGGACAGCUUAUUGAUUUUCAGUGGAAGCUGGGGAUGGCAGUCAGCUCUGACAGUUGUAAAUCUUUGAAAUCUCCUUACGUUACAAUUGCAGUAAAAGUGGCAGAUGCAUCGGGGCACAUCACAAGCAAAACGUUUGAAAUGACAGUCGCACAAUUUCAGAACUUCUACAGUAAUUUCAAGGAAAUGGCGGCUGUUCUUGAGACAGUCUAAAGAUCACCUGGAUAGUUAGUUUGAGCCAAGUGAGCUCUCGCACGUGGAGCUUCUGAAACUGAAUUCUUUUGUUCAGCAAGGUAUGCAAGUCUAUCAGCCACAUCAGCUUCCCACAUUAAAUCACUUUGCUCAUGUACUAGACCGUUUCCUGUUUGAAAGAACUUCUAAACAGUAGCAACUUCUAUGGUGGUAGGGGGGAUCUUCCCCUUAAUGGACUGAAAUUGAAUAUAUACAUAGAAGGAUUUGCUACGUAGCAGUAGAAGAAUUAAAAAUAACUCCCACCAAACAGAAGAAUCCAGAGAGGAAGACCACACAGGAGAAACUGACUGAGGAAAUUAUUAGGACAUAACCAUCUUAUGUCUUAGGGUAAAAUAAUAGCACUGUCUCUAUAUAUGGAACUAAUUAAACUAACAGUGCAGAAUGUAUAUAGUUAUGUAUGAGUGGCAUAUUGUUACCCAUGAAAAAUACAUAUUUUGGAAGCCCAAACUUCAUUGUCUUCUAUUUUUAAAAACCACUUAAUCUAAUUAAUAAAAUGAUAGGAAACCUGA